CCGUCUCCCCUCGCGCCAUAACAAACGCUUGCGUCGCUCUCCAGCGCGCAGACGCGAAUCGCUCGCUGCUCGCGCCGUGCUCGGUUCUCGCGCCUCCGCGGACACAAGCAGCUCCUCCAUCGCGGACUGAAGAAGAUCCUCCUCCUCCUCCUCCACCACCGCGCGCGCCUCCGGUUCGGUCAUGCCACCGGCGCGCGUCCGGAGAUGAGGCUCCGAAAUGGCACCUUCCUGACAGUCUUAGUGUUCGGACUGUGCGGGCUCUUCUCGCUGUCCUGGUACACGGCGUUCAGCAACCCCAAAGAGGCAGAGAAGUGCUUUCGCGCUGUAUUUGAAUGCAGCUGCUACACCUGUACCUACAAAGCCCCGCUGCCCACGGGAUGCACACGGUUUGAUUUGUACCUCGCUGACCCGGUGCUUGGAGAAGGUAAUGUGGUUGAUAUAUACCAGAGGGAGUUCUUGGCUCUGCGAGAUCGGCUCCACUCGGCUGAGCAGGAGAACCUGAAGCGCUCGAAGGAGCUCAACCUGGUGCUGGACGAGAUCAAGCGAGCCAUCGCAGAGAAACAAGCGCUGCGGGACAUCAACCGCACCUGGAGCAGCCUGUCUGACGAGACGAAGCUCAAGCUGUGGAACGUCACCAGCAGUAAGAAUGUGUUGCAGCUGCCCAGCAUCUUCCACCACCUGCCCCAUCUCCUGGCCAAGGAGACCAGCCUGCAGCCCGCCGUGCACAUUGGCCAGGGCCGCACAGGAGUGUCAGUAGUGAUGGGCGUGCCCAGUGUGAAGAGGGAGGUGCAUUCAUAUUUAACGGAUACGCUCAGCUCUCUGAUGUCAGAGCUCAGUCAGGCAGAGAAAGAGGACUGUGUCAUCGUGGUCUUCAUCGCUGAGACAGACCAGCAGUACGCCAACAGUGUGGCUGACAACCUCAAGCGCCUAUUUCCGGGGGAGAUUCAGUCAGGUUUGUUGGAGAUUAUCUCUCCGUCAGUCCAUUUCUACCCGGACUUCUCCAACCUCAAGGAGUCGUUCGGUGACCCCAAAGAACGUGUCAGAUGGAGAACAAAGCAGAACUUGGACUACUGCUUCUUGAUGAUGUAUGCUCAGUCCAAAGGAACUUACUAUGUGCAGCUAGAGGAUGACAUUGUCGCUCGGCCGAAUUACUUCACCACGAUGAAGAACUUUGCCCUGCAGCAGCCUUCAGAGGAGUGGAUGAUUCUAGAAUUUUCCCAGCUUGGCUUCAUCGGUAAGAUGUUUAAGGCGCUGGACCUGUCUCUCAUAGUGGAGUUCAUGCUGAUGUUCUAUAAGGACAAGCCUAUUGACUGGCUGCUGGACCACAUCAUGUGGGUGAAGGUGUGCAACCCAGAGAAGGAUGCGAAACACUGCGACAGGCAGAAGGCGAACCUGCGGAUCCGCUUCAAGCCCUCGCUCUUCCAGCAUGUGGGAACCCACUCUUCUCUCGCUGGAAAGAUCCAGAAGCUCAAGGACAAGGACUUUGGGAAGCAGACUCUCCAUAAAGGUCAUGCUAACCCGUUAGCGGAGGUCACUACCAGUCUGAAGACGUACCAGCACUUCACGCUGGAGAAGGCCUACCUGGGAGAAGAUUUCUUCUGGGCGUUCACGCCUGUAGCUGGAGACUUCAUACGUAUCCGCUUCUUUACCCCUGUCCGCAUAGAGAGGUAUUUCUUCCGCAGUGGGAACAUUGAGCACCCUGGAGACAAACUCUUCAACACUACAGUGGAGGUGCUGCCGUUUGAUAAUAUUCAGUCGGAAAAAGAGGCCUUGAAGGAGGAAAGGGAGAGAACGCCAAAGUACCAGCGAACGGAGGACGGCUUCAUUAGAAUAGGAAAGUUCCAGAACGGGAUAGCGGAGGGCGAGGUGGACCCCUCGUUUGGGCCGCUGGAGGCCAUGCGGCUCUCGGUAACGACUGACUCUCCUGUGUGGGUCAUUCUCAGCGAGAUUUUCAUCAAGAAAGCCGAGUGAAGGGUGCUUUACCGCAAUACCUCACCAUUUAGUUGGGCCUUCCGAUGCAGGACGGUGUCUUUCUAGCGCCUCCACCUGAGCAUCGGCUCAGAGUUUCUUUAGCUUGGUCCAAGAGCGUCACCUGCUGGCGCCCCGCUGACAUUGCAGGGUAAAAGUAGAGAAGGCCAGCUGUGAUCCUGACUAGUCGAGCAGAGGAGGGAGGAAAAGGCGACGGACAGGCUGUGGGGCUGUUUUUUGUAAUUUAUGUGUAAAUACGCUCAUGGUUCAGUGACUCUACACUGGUGUAUUGUCAGCGGGCUCUCUCUGGAUGAUCUUGCCCUUUUUGACAAUGGCAAAUUUUCUGACUUUCGAUGAUGCUGCUUUUUUUUUUUUUUGGAAUGGGGGAUCCUUUCAUUUUCCUAUAUGAGACAAUGAUUUUUGCCAACUUUUUGUUAUCAUUGAGCGGGACGACUGAUUUUCGGUGGAGGGUUUGCUAUUCCGAAUCAAACGUAGUUGUUAUGAUGCGUACACAUGUUACGAAUACACACAGAUAUAAUCGUAAUAAAUGUGCGUUUGUGUUUGCA